AUGAGUGACAGUUCCACACGAAAAGAAGCUCUGGAGCUUUAUAGGAGUGAAGAGCUACCGAGCAUUUACAACAGCUACACCACAAGUCCGGGCUCCAACAUGCUAGACACACCCAGCACUCUCAGACGUAGCAAGGAAAGACAGUUGAGUGUCGUCGACUGGCACGGCAACGACGAUGCGGCAAACCCCAGGAACUUCCUCUCGUGGAAGAAGGAUAUCAAUAUCAGUUGCAUAUUCAUCAUGUGUUUUGUAUCACCUUUCACGUCCUCCGUCGUCGCGCCAGCAAUGCCAGACAUCAUAAGAGACUUCGCAUCAACCGAUGCCUACCUCUCUGCCUUCGUCCUGAGUAUCUACGUCCUAGGCUACGCGUUCGGUCCCCUUCUCAUAAGUCCCCUUUCGGAGCAAUACGGCCGACUGCCUUUGUACCACGGAUGUAACAUGCUCUUCACGGUAAGCACCUUCGCAUGCGGACGAUCCAACUCUCUCGGCACGUUGGCUGUCUUCCGCUUCCUCGCCGGCGUGGGCGGUAGUAGCGUAUUCGCCCUCGCGCCGUCCAGCAUCGGUGAUCUCUGGGUGAAAGAGAAACGCGGGGGGGGGUCAUGGCCUUGA